CAUCUGAAAAUAGAGAUUCGAUUGCUGUGCUCGCUGUAUCCGAAAUAAAAUUUCUUUCUUUAACAUGAUUUUUUGAUUGGCAAAAAAUUCGCAAGUUCGCGUCAGACUGUCGACGGGGGUUUAUGGAAGGAUAAGGGACCCUGUGCUUCUGUCAAAAUCAGCUGAUCGCGCGGAGUCACGUGACCGUUGCGCGCGUUCGGUGCGUACAAUGCGUCACGUGUCGAGUGCUAAACAAGUCGCGAGACGAUCGUGUGUCGCGUGUUAUUAUGGGUCGCAAGAUACCGGCGAAGAAGCACCGGGGUGUCAAGGACCCCGAGAAGCAGCGUGCCAAACGUCUGGCCGGGUUAGAAUUGCGCACGAAUGCACCACCGAAGGACGCGGACGAGCAGGCGAUCCCCAAGAGUCUGGAGCACAUGAUUAAAUUGAAGGAAGCUGCUAAGAUUGGCGUCACCCUGACGAAGAAACGGAAGAGGAAGAAGAACUCGCUGAUUUGUGUGGGUUUGCAGCAGGGCAAGGCCGAACCUCAUCCGAAAGCUCGACCGGAGAAGGUUGUGCCAGUGUUCCAACAGAAACCAGGAGAAUCCGGACAACAAUUCUGGCAUCGGGUGACCAAGGACACACACGCGUUUCUUAAGGAGACGGCGUUUGAGCAAAAGUACGGAGUGCAAGUGGAGCGUAAUUCAAAAACUGGUCAGAUUCAGGGUCUGACGAAGCGCAAAGUCGACAAGGACGAUAUAGAGAGAUUACGUGUCAAGCAUAAGAACACAAGCAAGAAAAAAACAACGACGCAAGGCGCGGGGACUCUGACAAAGAAAGAAAAGCGCAAGCUGAAGUUGCGUCUGAAGAGAGAGAGGAAACUGGAGGAGAAGGAUGAUGACGACGAAUUUGGAAGAUUGCAGGACAAGGUGGCUUUUGGAGAAGUGGCUCACGAGCCUCCCAAGCUGAAGUUUAAGUCGAAGGAUGUCACCAGCGUAGAGAGGAAGCCGAAGAACCUGUUGUUGAGUUCACUAUUGGAAGUACCUAAGAAGGUCGCUCCCGCUUCUAAGAUGAUUGAUCGCAGUGGGAAGAGGAAGAAGUUACCUAUUGCGGAAAGGAGAAAAUUGGAGAGGCAGCAGAACGAAGUUAUCGCCGCGUACAGACGGCUGAAGUCUCAGCGAUCAGCCGACAAAAGCAACUAGGGUACGUUGAGGAGGAU